AUGAGUAGAUAUGGUCAACCUCAUGUCCCUGGAGAUGAAGUUGUAGGGGAGGUAGGGGGAGGGGCAGGAGGAGGAGGAGGUGGCGGUGGUGGCGGCGGUGGGGGUGGUCCAGGAGGUGGUAGUAGUGCACAAAAACUCACCACCAAUGAUGCAUUAACAUAUCUAAAAGAAGUCAAGGACAUGUUCCAUGACCAAAGAGAAAAAUAUGACCUGUUUCUUGAUGUAAUGAAAGAUUUCAAAGCUCAAAGAAUCGAUACUACUGGUGUUAUCGCAAGGGUCAAAGAAUUAUUUAAAGGUCACAAUAAUUUAAUUUUUGGGUUCAACACUUUUUUGCCCAAAGGAUAUGAAAUUACUGUAAUUGAAGAGGAAGAGCCUCCACCAAAAAGAACAGUAGAGUUUGAAGAAGCUAUAAGCUUUGUAAACAAAAUAAAGAAUCGUUUCCAAAACGAUGAUCGUGUUUACAAGUCAUUUUUGGAAAUCUUGAACAUGUAUCGAAGAGAACACAAGGGCAUCAAAGAAGUCUACCAUGAGGUUGCUUCACUUUUUGAAGAUCAACGCGAUCUUCUUGAUGAAUUCACAAGAUUUUUACCAGAUGCUUCUGCACAUCAUGCUUCACAUGGUAGACAUUCUUAUAAUCGUUAUGAUGAACGAAGCUCAGCUAUGAAUCCACUCAAACAAACACAAUUAGACAAGCAACGAAACCGGAGAGAUAGGGGAAUUGCUUCACAUGCAGAUAGGGAUCUUGAAAACCGUGAUAUUGAUGAAGAUGAUAAAACAGCAAUGAGACUUCAAAAAGAUCAAAGAAAGAGAUCUGAGAAUCAGAAUAGGAGAAAUUCUGAUCAAGACUAUAAAGAGACUCAUAUUGAUAAUACUAAUAACAAGGACAUGAAUCGUCUUGAAAAAAGAAAAUCUGAAGAUUUUGGAGUCCAUUCAGUUUCUGCUCCAUAUGGUGAUAAAGAUGCCCUAAAAAAUAUGUAUAGUGCAGAAUUUAGUUUCUGUGAGAAAGUGAAGGAUAGGUUACGUAAUCAUGAUGAUUAUCAAGCAUUCUUGAAGUGUCUUCACAUCUACACCACUGAUAUAAUUACAAGAAAGGAAUUGCAAAGCUUGGUUUCUGAUCUACUUGGAAAGCACCCGGAUCUUAUGGAAGGGUUUAGAACAUUUUUGGGGGGAAAUAUAGAUGGAUUUCUCGCUGGUGUUAUGGACAAAAAAUCUUUAUGGAAUGAAGGGCAUGCAUCGAAAUCAACUAGGACAGAUGAGAAAGAGAGGGAUCAUAAUGCUGCUGCAAAAGAGGACAAAUACAAAGAGAAAUAUUGGGCAAAAUCUAUUCAAGAACUUGACUUAUCUGAUUGUCAACGUUGUACUCCUAGUUACAGACUUCUUCCUGAUGAUUAUCCAAUCCCAUCAGUUAGUCAAAGAUCAGAACUUGGUACUCAAGUCCUAAAUGAUUUAUGGGUGUCUGUGACUUCUGGUAGUGAGGAUUAUUCUUUUAAACAUAUGCGGAGAAACCAAUAUGAAGAGAGUCUCUUCAGAUGUGAGGAUGACAGGUUUGAACUAGAUAUGUUGUUGGAAUCUGUAAGUUCAACUGCAAAACGUGUUGAGGAAUUAUUGAACAACAUUAACAACAAGACAAUCACUCCAGAAACUCCCAUCCGUAUAGAAGACUACUUCACUGCUUUGAAUUUGAGAUGCAUGGAGAGAUUAUAUGGUGAUCAUGGUCUUGAUGCCAUGGAAACUCUUAGAAGAAAUCCAUCAGCUUCAUUGCCUGUUAUGUUAAAUCGUCUCAAACAGAAACAAGAUGAGUGGACAAAAUGUAAAUCAGAUUUUAAUAAAGUUUGGGCUGAAAUUUAUGCAAAAAAUCAUUACAAAUCACUCGAUCACCGAAGCUUCUAUUUCAAGCAACAAGAUUCAAAGAAUCUCAGCAUAAAAUCAUUGGUGAGUGAGAUUAAGGAAAUAAAGGGAAAGAGUCAGACAGAUGAAGAUAUUCUUCUUUCGAUUGCUGCUGGAAACCGACAUUCCAUCAUGCCAAAUCUUGAAUUUGAGUAUUCUGAUAAUGAUAUUCAUGAAGAUACAUUCAAACUUAUUAAAUAUUCAUGUCAAGAGAUUUGCACAACAAAAGAACAAUCCAACAAAGUUUUAAAUCUCUGGACAACUUUCUUGGAAGCAAUUCUUGGUGUCCAAUCACGGGAUGAAUCCAGUGUGUCAGAUUCAGGAAAGGGUAUUUUGGUAAAUGGAGAUGCUACUUUAGUAAAGGAAGAUGGGCUUCAACUUCAACCAGAGAAAGAGGGUGGGCGUGAGGCGACUACUAGACCAAGUAAUGCUACCGAAAAUGGUCAUGAAGCAAAGUCAAAUAUUCAUGAGGUUCCUGUCUCACAGAAAUUACAGCCCAUGGAUAGUAGAUGUAUAGCAAUGGGAAAUGGAAAUGCUGACAAUAAUGACAAUGGGACACAUAAAGGGGAAUUGGAAGCAGAUGGUGAUGAUGAUGACAAUGAAGAUGUUUCCGGUGGCGGUGAUGACAUUUCCGGCGAUGAAUCCGGUGGUUCCAGGGAGGAGGAGGAGGAGGAGGACGACGAAUGUAAACCGGAAAGUGAAGGAGAAGGGAAUGGAAUUGAGGAUUCCGUGUAUUUAUUACCUCCAUCUGAGCAUUUUUUACGGACCGUUAAGCCCCUGGCGAAAUGUGUUGCUUCUUCUUCUUCAUGUGGUGGUGAAAAAAAAGAUUCCCGUGUUUUUUACGGGAAUGAUGCGUUUUAUACGCUUUUUAGACUUCACCAAGUAUUAUACGACAGACUUUUAUCUGCAAAGCUCAAUUCAAUGUCAGCUGAAGCAAAACGAAAAACCACAAAAGAUUCUUCCCCUUCUGAUCUUUACUCCAUAUUUAUGACCUCUCUUUACAAAUUACUUGAUGGUGUUGCUGAUAAUGCAAAAUUCGAAGACGAUUGUCGUGCCAUUUUUGGAAAUCAAUCCUAUAUUUUAUUCACAUUGGAUAAACUAAUUUACAAAAUCGUCAAACAGCUUCAAAGUGUUGUAGGUGACGAGAUCGAUAAUAAACUUCUACAAUUAUACGAAUACGAAAAAUCUCGAAAACCCGAGAAGUUUAUCGAUUCGGUAUAUUACGAAAACGCCCAUGUCGUCCUUCAUGAUGAGAAUAUUUACAGAUUUCAAUGCUCAUCUUGGCCUUCUCGUUUGACUAUUCAACUAAUGGAUGAUGGGAUUGAAAAACCAGAAGUGGUUCCAAUUUCUGUAGAUUCUAAUUUUGCAAAUUAUCUUCAUAAAGAUUUUCUUUCUGCUGUUAAUGCAAAAAAACAAUCUGGCAUUAUGCUGAACAGAAAUAAAAGGCGAUUCAUGGAGAUGGAUGAAUCUUGUGCUUUAUCGGUUGCCAUGGAAGGUGCUCAUGUGGUGAAUGGUUUGGAGUAUAAGAUGUCUUGUUGCUCUUCAAAGAUAUCGUAUGUUCUGGAUACGGAAGAUGAUUUUUUUCGAGAAAGACGAAAAAGUCAAUCAUCAUCAUGUGGGAAUAAAAGUCAAAGAAAUGUAGAAAGGUUUCACAGAUUCUUAGCAGCCUCACUAGCAAAAGAGUAGAGGGGCUUUAGUUUAGGGUUCGUUCACUUGUGUACAGAGGUUGUUCAUUUCAUAAUUUGGUAUACCAUAACAUUAACAACAAUUUUGUUACUUAUAAGUUAAUUUUAUUUUUUGCUAA